AUGUUCAGGCUGGUGGCGGUAGCAUGUGCGUUGUUCACGUUGCGAAUGAUGACCAUUCAGGCCAGUUCCAAGUUUGAGGCCAUGGUACCGGGGUUUGAUGGUAAGAAAUUGUAAAUUUAAAAAUUUAAAUUUAAUUUAUUUUUUAAAUUAAAAUUUAAAAAAGUAAAAAAUGAGUUUUAUACAAACUAAAAUUCAUUUUUAAUAAAUUCAAUCUUAUUUUAAAUUGUUAAAAAGUUUUGUCGUCAAUUUAAAUUACUUUCUUUUGCCAAAUGCGACAAAACUUUUUAAACGGUUCAAUACACUCCAAUUGCCAUUUUUAUUUGACUACAAAAGUAAAAUACGUAGAUUCAUUUUUAUAGCUUAUAUAAUAUAAAAUUUUAAGCCAUUUCAUGCCUUUAACAGCCUGAAAAAAGUUUUGACGUUAUUUUGCAUUGCUUUACUUCUCAUUAAGCGACAAAACUUUUUUUAACACUUAUAUAAACCUUAAUCGUAUUAAAAUUUUAAUUCUUCAUCAAUAUCAGAUUUAAUCCUGUUUUAAUAUUACCUUUACAUGUCACACCAUAAAAGAAAUCACAUUAGAAUCAACAGUAUUAGGUUGUUCAAAUAGUUCUAAGCCGCCUGAACCUGAAAAUUUGGUUUAAGAUAGGGCUCAAAAUUAAUUAAACAUUUCAUUACUACUCACUUUUCAGAAGAGUUCAUGUCAGCUGAUAAUGGCCUCACCUUUGAGCAGAAGACCUUGUUUUUGGAGCUGACUUCCCUUCGAGGUCAUUAUGAAAAAGACGAUCUGAGAAAGAUUGUCAACGACGAGAAGUUAUUACUCAAAAUCAUCAAAUUCGUCAGAGAAUUAUUGGAGAAUCAUGAUGUUCCUGAUGGUGUCCUUGACUUCUUUGAUGUGGUAAGGGUAGAUUGAAAAUAAAAAUUUUUAAUUAAAAAAGCAUUGAGUCAGAGCUUCAAUUGAGUCAGAGCUUUCAAAUUGAAUAUAUUCGACUCCAGCUUUGGCUCUGGCUUCGCCUAUUUAUAAAUUUCCGCUCCGGCUGAGUCUCUAGUUCCGGUUCAGACUCUUGUUCUAGAGCCGCUCCACGACGGCUCCAAGGAUCCUUAAAGGACCAGUUCGCCCAUUGAAAUAUCAUUGCCAUUCUGUCGCAAAAAGUGUCGAAAAUCAGGCAAUUUCAAUCAAAAUUAUUUUUCUCAAAAAAUGUGAGUGGGUCGGUGUCGAAAUGAAUUUUUCAAUUGGGGACCGACCUGCUCAGGUUUUUUGCGAAGAAAAUGAACGUUGAAUUUUUGCGACAGAAUGCCAAUGAUAUUUGAAUGGUCAAACUGAUCCUUUAAUAUUAAAAUGCCACAUUUCUUAGGUUCAACCCCGCUUUUCUUUUUUUAAAAUUACCGUUUUGGCUCUGAUUUCAGCUGUAGCUCUUGAGCGAAUUGAACCCAGAGCAAUGCCGGAGGUCUUUAGUACUGAAAUUCGACAUUUUUUUGGCUUUGGCUUUAGCCCCAACUAUGGCGUUAGCUCCAGGGCUAGGGCUACUUGGCCAAGGCCGAUUCCAAGGUCUUUCAAAACUUUGAUUUUAAAAUAAUUUUUAAAUUUAAAAUCUUGCAGUACCUCGACAUAACCCACCGCCUAGAAGUGGCCUCUCAUUUCCCUCCAGAAAAGAGAGUAACUACUGUAUUCAAAGGGUUUACAAAGACAUUGGAAAAAUACAGAUUGUUAGAUAUGGAAGAGAAAGAAUACCUAAUCAACUACGAUAUUACGAUGGCCAAGCUGGAAAGUAAGUAUUUUAUUAUUAUGCAGCCUGCUAUUGACAAGUUAUACGAUAAAUGUUGUUGUUUGCUUUGUAAAGAAAGUUUUUGCCACUCUUUGUUUUGUAAAGAAAGUUCUUGCCGUUUUUUGUUUUGUAAAAAAAGUUCUUGCAAUUUUGUGAUUUGUAAAGAAAGUUUGUGUUAUUUUUUUCAAUUUCAGAGUUAUGGGCUCCAGUGAUUCUGCAAGCAAGAACAAUGUGUAGAAACCCAAUGAAUAAAGCUGUUUGCAAAGACGUAGUUUGA